UCCCUCUUCCUUUCCGCCGGGGCAGCCAUCUUCCAGUAACUCGCCAAAAUGACGAACACAAAAGGAAAGAGGAGGGGUACUCGGUAUAUGUUCUCUAGACCUUUUAGGAAACAUGGAGUCGUUCCUUUGGCCACAUACAUGCGAAUCUACAAGAAGGGUGAUAUUGUAGACAUCAAGGGAAUGGGCACUGUUCAAAAAGGAAUGCCCCAUAAGUGUUACCAUGGCAAAACCGGAAGAGUCUACAAUGUCACCCAGCAUGCCGUGGGCAUCAUUGUAAACAAGCAAGUUAAAGGCAAGAUUCUGGCCAAGAGGAUCAAUGUGCGGAUUGAGCACAUCAAGCACUCAAAGAGCAGAGACAGCUUCCUGAAGCGGGUGAAGGAGAACGAUCAGAAGAAAAAGGAAGCCAAAGAGAAGGGCACCUGGGUUCAGCUGAAGCGCCAGCCUGCGCCACCCAGAGAAGCCCACUUUGUGAGGACUAACGGAAAGGAGCCCGAGCUGCUGGAGCCCAUUCCAUACGAAUUUAUGGCCUAAUGUAUACAAAGGAAAUAAAGAACCUGAACUGCAAAAAAAAAAAAAAAAAAAAAAAAAAACUGCAAUA